GGGACGGAACUGCUGUAGGGUCGACGAGUAAUUGAAGAUGAAGGGAGAAAAUGGAAAUUAAACCGCUGGUUUUAUUAUCGUGACGGCAGUUUGAUUGUUUAAAAUUCCCUUUCAAGGCGAAUGUUAUAUGAGGCCCCGCAGAGGACGUGUUUUAAUCGCUGUGAGGUAGCGAAUGUAGGGAGUGUUGGGGAGGGCUGUAGCUGCUGGGCUUUUUUUGGAGAGGGAAAACAACAUGGCGGCGGUGGAGCUCGAAUGGAUCCCAGAAACACUGUACAACACCGCUAUCUCCGCUGUGGUGGACAACUACAGUCGGUCAAGAAGGGACAUACGCUCGCUCCCAGAAAAUAUACAGUUCGAUGUCUAUUAUAAGCUUUACCAGCAGGGCCGGCUCUGCCAGCUGGGAGGAGAGUUCUGUGAGCUGGAGGUGUUUGCUAAAGUGCUGCGGGCUUCAGACAAAAGACACCUCUUGCAUCACUGCUUUCAGGCCCUGAUGGACCAUGGUGUGAAAGUGGCCUCAGUCCUGGCUAACUCCUUUAGCCGCCGCUGCUCUUAUAUCGCAGAGUCCGAUGCCCACGUCAAAGAGAAGGCCAUCCAGUUUGGCUUUGUACUGGGUGGCUUCCUGUCUGAUGCUGGCUGGUAUGGAGAUGCAGAAAAAGUGUUUUUGUCGUGCCUGCAGCUGUGCACACUCCACAGUGAGGUCCUCCACUGCUUCAGAGCGGUGGAGUGCUGUGUUAGGCUGCUUCAUGUCCGCAAUGGGAAUUGUAAGUACCAUCUGGGGGAGGAGACCUUCAAGCUCGCUCAGUCUUACAUGGACAAACUAGCCAAACAUGGCCACCAGGCCAACAAGGCAGCGCUAUACGGCGAGCUCUGUGCCUUGCUCUUCGCCAAAAGCCACUAUGAUGAGGCAUACAGGUGGUGUAUAGAGGCUAUGAAGGAAAUCACUCCAGGGUUGCCUGUCAAAGUAGUGGUUGAUGUCCUCCGGCAAGCCUCCAAGGCCUGCGUGGUGAAGAGAGAAUUCAGAAAAGCAGAGCAGCUGAUCAAACAUGCGGUGUUUCUAGCAAGAGAACAUUUUGGACACAAGCAUCCCAAAUACUCAGACACGCUGUUAGAUUACGGAUUUUACUUAUUAAAUGUAGACAACAUAUGCCAAUCAGUCGCUAUUUACCAGACGGCACUAGAUAUCCGACAGUCUGUGUUUGGGGGAAAGAAUAUACAUGUUGCCACCGCCCAUGAAGACUUGGCCUACUCCUCAUACGUGCACCAGUACAGCUCUGGGAAAUUUGACAACGCUCUAUUCCAUGCAGAACGUGCCAUAGACAUCAUCACUCACAUUCUGCCUGAGGAUCAUCUGCUGCUCGCCUCUUCCAAGAGAGUCAAAGCUCUUAUCCUCGAGGAAAUCGCCAUCGACUGCCACAAUAAGGAGACAGAAGAGCGCCUUCUUCAAGAGGCUCAUGACCUUCACCUCUCUUCACUGCAGCUAGCAAAGAAAGCCUUCGGAGAGUUCAACGUUCAGACAGCAAAACACUAUGGCAACCUCGGACGACUUUACCAGUCCAUGAGGAAGUUCAAGGAAGCAGAGGAGAUGCACAUCAAAGCCAUCCAGAUCAAGGAGCAGCUGCUGGGUCACGAGGACUAUGAGGUGGCUCUAUCUGUGGGUCACCUGGCCUCACUCUACAACUACGAUAUGAACCAGUAUGACGACGCAGAGAGGCUCUACCUACGCUCCAUUGCUAUAGGUAAGAAGCUGUUCGGGGAGGGCUACAGUGGGCUGGAGUACGACUACCGAGGCCUCAUCAAACUCUACAACUCAGUGGGAAACUAUGAAAAGGUGUUUGAAUACCACAACGUACUCUCCAACUGGAACCGGCUGAGGGACCGGCAGUUUGCUGUGGCAGACGCCUUAGAAGACGUCAACACUACGCCGCAGCAGACCCAGGAAGUUGUGAAAGCCUUUCUAUUGGCCCAGAGCCUGGGCCCGACCCGCCCCUGUCUUGGCUGAUUUAAUGAGGGAAGAGAGGAAAAAACAGACAUGAGGGCUUUUGCCUGGUGAGAACCGUAAUGAGCCCAAAUGUGAUGCUUCGGUUGCACACAGUAAAUUAGUAACACAAUAAAUUCAAGCGUCGCCGGCAAGUCAGCUGCCAGUACACAUGGACAUACAGAACACACAUUUAGUCGUGGAUUUAAAAAGUAGAGAAGACACUGUUAUCAAACCUCAUCGACACCCACACCAACCAUGGAGAUGCAACUGCAGACUGAACGCAGCUUCACCCCACAGAGCAGAAUGAAGCAUUUCUCUAAGAGAAAAGAGGAAAACAUGGCUGAGAGGGGGGAUUAAAAAAAAAAAGAAACCUCAAACGUCCUAUAAGGAUGACUGAUAACCUUUCCUCUUCUCUUGUCUCGCUCACCUUUUUCUUUCAGUUUGGAAUCGGGAGGGCUUUUUUUGUUGAUGUUGCUUUUUAUAUUUGAACCAGUGUAGCUCUGAAUGCCAUGAGACUCAUCGCAGUAUCGACCAUUUUCUCCAGGGCUACGCACACGACUGGACCCCACACACAAAUACACAUCUGCUUAACGCGCCUCCAUCAACAUCACUUCAAGGAACAGAGAUGGAAAACGAUGGAUAUUUUUGACACUUGUACAGUGAAAUAAUAGAGCAGAUUGUACACUUACAUUUUAUUGAAGGCUUCUUUUUUUCUUUGUGAAGAAAUGAAAGUGCACCCUCAGAUAACUUCUCGGUGGAGAGAUUACAAAAAGAGGAAUGUGUUCAACCAGUGGGUUUAUUGUUACACACGUUACAUUUUAUUUGAUCUCUUUCCUUAGUACUGAUCUAGAAUAAUUAAAAGGCCAAUUAUUUAUAUGCAAAAGUAUAUGUUAUGUAGCCCUUUUGUUUAUGCUUUUUCUUACCAAGUGAGCCAUGAAUGCUAAAGAAAACAGCUCAACACUUUUACUAUAAAACAAAACACAGGAGUGUGAAGAGGAAGAUGCUACAUGUACAGAUGCUCAGACGCCCAGUCUUUGAUUUUUUUAUUUUUUUAUUUUUUUAAUCUCUAAGGGGAAAUCUGUUAAACAAACCUGGGCCUUAGGGUUACAAAUUUUGGGAUCUUGAUGAUGAAAAGGUACAAGAAAACCUGGGAAAAAUACAUUCUUAGGAUUUCUGCAGCUAGCAGCUGUGAGACAGGCAAUGUUUGCUGCAGAAAUCCUGAGAGCAAAAUACACUUUAUUAUAGGAGUAGUUGUAAAAUAUGUUUUUGUUCCUCUUUUACAGAAAGAAACCCUGCAGAGAUGCCCUUUUUAAAAAGGAGAAAGCUUUUUUUUCCUCUUUCUGAAGCUAGAAACUCUUCAAAGCCACUAGACUCCGCUGACAUAAACACAUUGCUGGUCCACCGCUAUCUCAAUCAGCUGUCAAUUUGGGUCAAUAAAAACGACAGUGUUGUUUUGAUUCAGCUGUUGGGAAAAGGAGAACAAAGUAGGGAUGUGCUCAUUUAGGUUACUGCAUGUUAAAACAUAAUGCAGGUACAUAAACAAACACAGGGAAUGGAGUGUGGCAUCUCGUAUGAGUAGCACAGUUAGUAUUUUAAUCUAAAAGAUAUAACUAAAAUAUAUAAAGGCUGUGUUAGGUUAGACUGACUUAUCAAACUGAGCACAUUCACAAAUGUGAUUGUUAAGGAGAAUUAAAGGUAGGGUGGCACUAGCUCCACCGAUGCACACAGCCAAUUUUAAUUGACAUAAUUUACCUGCUGACAAAUUUUUUCAGAAAGCACACUCAAUUUCAGUGUUUCCUUACAUUUUAACUAGUCAGUCUGAAUUGAACUUUCCAUCCAACAGUCUAAGAAAUAAGCUGACUGGGAAAAUCCCUACACCAAAGUCAAACAACACAAACUACAUGGUGGCUGAAAAACUUUAGCUUUAUCCCAAAAGAUAAAUGUUUCUGUCAGUAGAGUCAAUGGCUGUGAAAGUGAUUCAAAAACUGUUUCUGGGUAAAAAAAAUAAAUAAAUAACUGGCCUUUAUAUAAAAAGGUCUGUUUCUUCAGGGACUCUUUCUGUAAAAAAAAAAAACACAAAACUUCAGUGGAAGAACUUUGAUCUGCUGCUCUUGCCUGUAGGGUUAACAUUGCACCCAUUAUAGCACAGUUAUUCAAACAGUUUAAUCUGGAUAAACAUGAUCCAAAUUUGGUUAUCCACUCUUUCCAUAAGAAUCAUGUAAUCCAACUUUACUUAAUCACAGUUUUUCAAGGGAAAAUGAAUUCAAUUAACCUGGGAAUACUAAAUCUCAAUUCUGUAAUCCCAGUAAACUUGAAUUAGAUAUUUAGUGCUUGAUAUUGAUGUUGUUUGGAUAAAUAUUCUGUAAGGGUAGAUUUUUCAUUUUCCACAACUUUGAGGUGUACCUUUUUUACUUUGUCAGAGAAAGCCCUAAGGCAGCAUUGUAGUGCAAAUAUCACUGGCUGUGAGCCAAAUCCUCCCAUCUCCAAAAUUACCACUUUACUGGGAAUGAAAGGAGUGUUGUAUUUUUAAAUUAAUUUAACACUGAAUGGUUGUAGUCAGCAUCUUUUUGACAUUUUUUAUUGCUUUAAAAUUUAUUAAAACCCACUGACAGAUGUAAAAGAUAACUAAUAUCACUGAUUAAUAGAGAAAAAAGAAAAGUGGAGAUACAAGAUUUUGUCCCAACGCCAGCGAUAUAGUUUUAAAAUGUCUUAAAAUAUCAACUACCAUGUAAAAAGUAGUUUUGAUUGGCCAGUCAGUUUUAAUCUAGCCUUUUGCGUGAACCAGGAUAAUCCAGAUCAAAGUUGUCCUAAUCCUGAUAAAAAAGUUUUCAACAGCACAGACUUGAGGUUCUAUCUGAUUUUUGUCUUUUAAACAACCUCAAUCCCAAAAUUUGAAUCUGAUAGCUGUAAUUUCAUCAGAUUACUAAUGAAAAGUCAGACCCUGGUGUAGUUUAUAAUCUUUUUCUGCCUUUUCAUCAUUAAGACCACGCAGUUUGUUAAAAGUCAAGCCUAGGUUUAAAGUCCUCCCCUCUAAAGAGUGUUGUCAUGUGUGAUUGUGUCAGUAAACACAGAUAGAACUGGGUGCCCAAGUGCUCCACUGAUGAAAAUGAGCCUUACACCAGCCUGCAGUUAUCUGUCUGUAGACGGACCCAUACUUCUAAGUGCUAAUUAACUACUAUUAAACCCUUAAGGGCACUACAAUGGGGACCAAUAUUGUAUUUUUGUGUGUUAUUUGUGUGAUUGAGUGUGUAUGCAUUCGUAGUCGGCCUGUAAACAUGAGCAUCGUUCCUUUUCUGCUCCAGUCAGAUCACCUAUCAAAACAAAACAGAUUUCUUCAAAAGUGUUUCACCUUUUAACCCCACCAGACUGUUUCAUUGCAGAAGCUCAUCAGUUGUUUUCUCAUGAAGCUGCAUGCCUGACAUUGAUGAUCCAGUUACGUAUCUUUAAAAUGUCAAUUUCAGUAUUCAAAUUUUGAAGGUUUGUGAAGAUACCACACAUUUAAUCUUCAAUACAGUAUUAUUUUUGAAUUAAACCAUACUUUUACCUGUUUGAUACCAUAGCAAUAACAGCAGAAGUCUCAGACACAUCUUAAUUGUCUUAAUUGCUUAAAUACAUUGGCGCAGUGUGGUGCAGAAAUUCUGAUAAUAAUUUUUUGCAAUUUAGGGAGUUGUUUACAGCAGUUAAGAUUGUUGAAAAAAACUGAAGAAUGGUAAAAAUGGAAGCUUUUAGGCUUAGAAUUAAACAGUAUCAAUGCCUGUUUAAAUACCACUGCAAGAAAAAAAUCAAAGUCCUAUGCCUCUAUCAUUCAAUCAUUUUUUUUAAUCACCUAAUAUUGGAAUGUGAAUUACUGCAAAAUGUGUAGUUAAGAGCUCAGAAAAAUACUUUUCCCCUCAAAUAUAUUAACUAACCAACACAAUUUAACAUUAAAAAAGAAGAUGCUUAUCCAGAGAUAUAAAGAAGCGACAUUCCAAUAUUUGAACAAGAUAAGGACAAAAAUCUAGCCUAUACGGAAGUCUGCACAGUUACUGUCGAUAAUCUGUAAAGCCCUAUUUUUUCGUGGGUCCAGAACCACAGUAUGGGCACCACUUGAGCAUCAGUAUCUUGUCUUGUGGGUAACUUAGGCUAAAUCUUUCAAAGUAUUAUUGUACCUGAUGAAGACGCCCCUGGAAAACGUUUAAUAAUGACCAAAAGAAAAUGUUUUCAGUAUUUUAAAUAGAAGAAUUUCAACAUUGCUUCUGAAAUAGCAGAAAUGUACAAGUCGUUUUUCAGACCAUAGAUGAAUUAAAUUGGAUCCGUCUGUAUGAUCUAGAUCUCUUAGAGUUCAUUUAGGACAUUUUCACUUCAGUUUGGGGGAUAUUGACCAUUUGAAUUUUGCAAAAUGAUUUUUUUAAAUUGACACGAGUGUCAUGAUUGCAGCUCCAUGGAGAAACAGCUGCUGAGACUUUGCUCUGAUGGAAAACAAAAAAACAGAGUCCAGCUUCAAACAAGUCCAAGCAUUACUACAGCAACAUUUCUCAAAUCUGAUGCCUUUGAGAAGAAUCCCACUGUUUGUGUUUUUUCUGUUGAUGUAAAGUGAAUGAGGAAAACAAGCUUUGCCUUGCUGUUGCUUCAGUGCUGUCGGGACAUCUCCCUCUCUAGCAGUGAUGUGAGUGGCUCUAGCUGAGGAGGUCCAGCCUUAGCCCCUUCCCCUUAAACGGACGCUCAGCGACACUCUCGGUGCUUUGGCUUCAACAGGCGCGCCCUCCCACCCUCCUGACAAAUACAUUCACCGGUGGACACACAGAGCUUUUUCCUGGGCAGACGAGGAAUUGAAUGUUAUGAUCCUUGUUCUGUAAAAAGAGAAAACAGCAGACACACAUAUCCUCAUGUCCUAUGAUAACUGCAGAAAUUAAAUCCACCCUCAGUUGCUCCUGAACUAAAUUUGGUACUUCUUUUGCCACCUGUUGCAUUGCAGUCUGGUCUAUGUGGGCUACUGUUUUGGAGCAAAUGUAAGGAAGAUUCUAUACCCUCUGCUAUGGACAUGUCUUUUUAGGAAAUAUCAAGCUUUUGCUUUCAAGACUGCAAAAGAAAAAAAAAAACAAAAACAAACAAAUGGAGCAGGCGGUCAUGGUUGCAACAUUUUCCAUGGUGGGCUUUUUCAGAUUGAUAUUUUAAGAGUCAAAAUCGCAAAGGAUCCCAACAGAGAAAGACUUGGAGUAAGAUGCAUUUUUUCCAGAAAUAGCCACUUUCUUCAGAGUUGCCAAACUCUAUUAAUAAAAAGUCAUUUUACCCUGCAGGACUCUGGAAUCUCUUCAUAACAUCUUCCUGCAUUAUUCAGUUUAUUUGUGCUGCAGUGUGUAACUUUGGUAAUUUUAAUGGUCAUAUUACAUUUCAGUGAAAUAUAUUUGUGUGGAAACACAAUAACAAAAAAAGAACAAACUGAUUGAAACAGAGGUAGACCAGCAACUCCAUUGUCCUUUAUGGUAAAAUGAAGUGGAGUUUGGUGGCUUUUAGUAACCUGAUGGCUGGUGUAGCCAAUAAAGAGGCAUCUCUCCUUAAUCAAAGCACAUUGCAUUCACUUGUAAAGUUUUAAAACAAAGGUAAAAGUUUCUCUGAAUUAACAGCCCAACUGCUCAUCAACAGUAGGAAUGCAAGAUGUUGGAUUUUUGCCAACAUAUUUCCAAACUUCUAAAACUCCACAAACUUAGUGUUCAGCGUAUAAGGUGAGGCCAGGGAUGGGCAUUGUUUGAAUAUUCAGUUAUUUCUAAAAAAAAAAACAAAAAACAAAAAAAACAACAUUACAUGUGACUACAACCUUAAUUUAAAGCUGUGUUUGCCUCCCUUUUUUUUACUUGCUUUAAUUUGGAACUACCACCAGAUGCUGGCUGUAGCGCAUUAGAUAACUGUUUUCUAACCAUCUUUAAAAACAAAAAAAGCAGCUUCUGAAACAACUGUGGUGCUAAGAAACUAACUUCACUUUUACAAAGAAACAAUCAAUUUUAGAGAACAUUUUUACAUAAAAGAUCAUUAAAACAAUCCAUUUGACAUAGUGUUGUGUUGUCAAGUAAAAAAAUGUUUUCCAUGUUAGAUUCAGUAACGCUAAAUCUGUUAACAUGUAAAAGGCGAUUUCCAUUAUGUCUUUGCAUCAAGCUAAACAAUCACAGAUCUUCUUCUGAGCCAAACUCUCAGAAUCUUUAAAAUUUCUUGCAACUUCAAAUAUUAACUUUCUUUGAGAUGCACGUCCCUUACUGCCAAUACGUGAGACUGAUCAGCUGUAGAUAUCAGCAGAAAUUUUCAUAUCUGUUGAUACUGACAUGCUGAUAAUCUUGUGCAUCCCCUGUCAACAGGGCUGUUUUUGUUGAUUAACAUUAAAGUUAUCUCAGAAGAAGAUAAAAUCUUACAAAGAUGAAACAGAAAAUCAGCUGUUUUACUUAAUCACCAAAUUAUCUCAUUAAUAUGAAAACAAAUGGCUCUUUAUUUCAGAAUACAUGAUGUAAAUAACUUAAUAUGAAAAAAAACAUGUUUUCUGAAUUGAAAAAUUAUCUGGUUAAUGAAGGAACAAAGAGCUGUUCUUUUCUGAAUUUUUGAAUUAAUCAUCCCAUUAGUGUGGAAACAGGGCUGUGUUUUUCUAAAUGCAGUACUACCUUGUUAAUUUGAAAAACCUUUUUUUCCCCCGCUGUAGUUCUGACCUUUUUGUUAAUUCAGAACAAGUGAAUGCAUCAUGCUUCCACAGUCUUUUCUGAAGGGAAACUUGCAUUAACAAUCUGACAGCAGCAAUACAAAAAAAAAAAAAAAAAAAAAAACAAUUCUAAGGCAGCCUUUCUAUGAUAGUGUUUGCCCAGAUGUAUUUGUAGUCAUUAAGGUCUAUUUGAAGACAAUGAAGCAAACAAACUGAGGAAUUCCAAAAUGAUGUCUCUUUUAUACUAAUUCAAAGCCAAAAAAGUGCUUUUUACCAGUGUUGAAAUAUAAUUGGGUGUUUUUCUUCUAACAAUAACCCUGAGAAACCAGCUGACUGAAGGAAUGUAAGACUCAGAGGCCAAUCAAACCAACAGGUCGUCUUUGUGUUCAGCUGAUAUCAGAAAGGUAAAGUCUGUAGUUUUAUUACUGGAGGGGUCAGAGGGUUCAAGGUUGAGGGCAUGCUGGGAAAAACUGGACAGAAGUUAAAGAUGUUUUAACAAAGCUGUGCCCUGAGAGCUCAGAAGAUAAAAUUUCAUGAGGGGAUGUUUUCACUGUUGUCCUGUUACUGCUUCACUGUUAGCUGCAAAAAAACAUUAAAACUUAUA